AUGUCUCGCCUGCUCCUUGGGCCAAAAUUUCCCACCCCUGGAGGAGCAGCGCGUGGACUUCGUUUGAAAACACAAUCAGCAGGCAAAAACCACGUUCUAGAUGCUAUCCGCAACUUGCCCAACCGUUUCAUUGCCACAUUUGAAGCUCCAGCCACGGGAAGAUUUGCCGAACACUCGCGAUCGUUCCAUACGGCCCACAAUCCCAGCAUCACUCAGCGUCUAUCGCUUCCAGCGCGACUUGCGAUCAACAGGCCCCUCGCAGCUCCGCGUCUUCCAAAGGUUGCAGCACCACCUUGUGGCGUUACCCAAGUGGGGCUGGGAAGUGCCAGGAACUUUUCUUCUCGACCUGUCUUCCAACAUUUGGUAGAAAACGUCCCGAUUGCUCUUCGCUCCACCACAGAGCUCAAUCUUGAUCCUCGUGUACGCAAGUCUAAAGCGGGUCUUGUUGCCGGGCGUCCUUCCAACAAAAAGAAGCCGCACGUAGCUCGCCCAAAGGCAACCAAGCCCGCGGCUAUAGUCCCCGAGCCAGCGAGCGUCUUGUCCGACAUCGAGGCCGACCUCGCUCACUACUUCCCUAUCGCCGCUUCUAGCGUAGUCACAGUCCUUAAUGUCCCCCUUCAACCCUCUACCACCCGCUCUCCUCUCCCCGAGCCCCAUGAAGAUGCAUCUCCUCUUGACUUGGCGUCGUUUGUCCCGACCAUGUCAUCGUACCAAUCACACCGGAUCCGUGUAGACACCCUGUUCGACCGCCUUACACGAGCCGAUGUAUGGAAACGAGGAGCAUCUACAGCCGUCUACGAUACUGGCUCUGGGGCUGCGGACGUUAUUCAAGUUCGGUUCGAUGGAUGGUCAGCUGCUGAUGUGAAGCAAGUACUUGGCCAUGCUGGGGAAGGCUGGUGUACUAUCGAGGAGCGCGCCAACCUUCCCGUGGAGCGUGAUGCUGCCCAAGUAGAGGAUGAAUGGAACACGCUGCGCGAGACGAUUGCGAGCCCAGAUGCUGAGGGAACCGAAGUUACUCUAGUCCUCCCUACACUCGAUUUCUCUGCCAGCUACCACGAUCACUUUGAUUAUGAACUAUCUUCGACCACAUCCCCUGAGCUUACUCGCCCAUCGACACCGUUUACCGAAGCCAUGCUUUCUGAUAACGAUCCUUAUUUCCGCUCUUUCAUACAGAUGGACGGAACACUCACAUCCGACCACGAAGGUUCAGAUUUCGAGUUGGAUUCUGAUUUCGAUGCAGCGACUUGGUCGUCUGUUUCUCGUCGUUUUUAG